GCCCACUUGAUAAGCCCAAAUGAAAAAGUGGAGAAGACGUUCAGAAAUUUAAAAGAGAAUUUGAAAAUGGAACACUUUCCCUCCUCCCUCACCAAACGGACGCUAUGAAGAAGAGGCUUCCUUCAUCCGCAGAAGAAUUUCUUUCUUCAGCCACAAAACUAACUCUCAAAACCUCGAAGCCAUCACUCAAAACCCAAAUUCACGCCAUCAAACCAUCCUCCGAACUCUCCCUUACACUCCCUCAAUCCCUCUGCAAUUCAAUCUCCUCCGCAAUUCAAUCCUUCCACAACCUUCUUCAACCAAACCCUCCAACAACCCUCAGCCCCACCAAAUCCCCUCGCACCCCUCCCUCCAAGCGCCUCCGCCGCUCUUCUCGCCUCGAGCCCCCACUCGCCAACCCGGAUCAUGAGAAGGACAAAAUUCUCGAGCGCCUCCAAAUUCUCGCGCAUAUCGCGCAACUUUGCGUCUCGCACCCCAAGAAACCGUUCUCGCCGUCGGAUUUGCUCCCGGGAGUUCAGGUGCUUCACGAUAACUUGAUCGUGUUCGAGUCCGACUCGGUUCUUUCCUCGUCGAUCGAGUGCUUGUGCGAGGAAUGGUGGAAGGACAAUCUUCCCGGCCGAGAGUCCUUAAUCUCGCAGACUCUCCCUUUUCUUCUAGCGAGAUCUCUCACGGUGAAGAAGAAGGUCGACGUGCACAAGGUCUACACGCUCCGGGAGGCUUUUGCUCUGUUUGACUUUGACGACGACAGCAUCGAGGAUUUGAAGCUGCUGCUGGUUCGAUGCGUGAUUUCGCCGCUGUAUUUGAAGACAGAGGACGGAAGGAAAUUCCUCUCGUUCGUGUUUGGUUUAAGCCAACAGUUUGGGAAGGAGGUUUUGGCUAUGAUUCGCUCCCAGAUACCGUUUGGGAGGAAGUCGAUGCUUGAGUCUUACGGGGAUAUCCUGAUUCGGGCAUGGAAAGCAGCCGAAGGGGAUUCGAAAAGCGAAAUUGAGAAUGGGUUCUUGCAGGAGAUGAUCGAAGCUGCUAUACAUGCUGGUUCCUCAGCGCUUGCUUCAUAUAUUAGAAGGAUUUUUGGAGCAUUUGUUGAACAAAGGACCACAGAUGGAGUUGAGAAGCUUCUGUUUCAGCUUGCUGAGCCUGUGAUAUUUAGGUCCUUGCAGGUUGCAAACUCAAAUGUUAGGCAGAAUGCUUUAUAUUUACUUCUUGACUUGUUCCCUCUUGAAGACCCUGAUGCUACGAAAGAGGAGAAAGAUAUAUUGCUUGAUAAGCAGUUCUUCUUAUUAGAAAGGUUACUUAAAGAUGAUUGUCCACAAGUGAGAACAAUUGCUGUUGAGGGUUCCUGUCGUAUGCUUCAUCUGUUUUGGGAAAUUAUUCCUUCACCAAUCAUAACAAAGAUAAUUACAAAACUAUUUGAUGACAUGUCUCAUGAUGCAUGCAGUGAAGUGAGGGUUUCCAUGUUAAAUGGCAUAAUUUAUUUGCUUGGCAAUCCCCACUCUCAUGAAAUUCUUAAGGUUCUCUUGCCAAGACUUCGGCAUUUAAUGCUGGACAAUGUUCUCACAGUUCGAGUUGCUGCAGCAGAUCUCUUAUUACACCUAGAGGACGUCAGAAAUUUUCAGUUCAACAAGGUGGUGGAGCUUGAUUCACUAUUGUCUAUCCUUGCUAGUGAUCAACCUCCUGUGGCUCAGAAGAUAACAAAAUUGCUUAUGCCAUCGUACUUUCCCUCGAAAGUACCCAUUGAGGAGGCAUGUAAUCGUUGCAUUACACUUAUGAGAAGGUCUCCGAUGGGAGGUGCAAUCUUCUGCAAAUUUGCAAUCUUGGAAGGGGCACCUAAAGAUCAUCUUAUGGAACUCAUCAAAGCAUUCAUGAGUUUGGUCUUGUCACCUCAUAAGUUGGAUGCAAAUCAGAUUGAGGGUUUUCUUGGUGCUGCUAGCUACCUUUGUGAUGACUUAGCCAGUGAACUAUGCUACAAGAAUGCCCUCAAACAAUUAUUUACUCAAGAGAAAGUAAAAAAAUUACUUACUUUGGCAUCAACAGGCCAAGCUCAAUCUUCUUUAUUCAACCUCCUUUCUGCUGUCCAUCCAGAUGGUGUUGCUGGACUACUUGAAGAAUGCAUGGCUAUUGUCACAAACUGCAAUGGUUUAUCUGAGGAUGUUGAUCGCCAAUCUGAAGUGAGGUCUGCACAUAAGUUAUUGCUUUCAUUGGGUUAUUUUGAUGAUAUGUUGGAAGCCUUCACAUCCCUCUUGCAUAAGGCUGCUUACCGGUGUCAUAUUAAAUUUGGCACAGUCAUGCCAUCACAUAGCAUUUCUUCUGUUAAGGGGAAGAAAUCUAGAUCCUCUGGAAAUUUCUCAUUUAAAUCAAAGAUUAUAAACAGAAAGCAAUCUUUUGAGGAUGAUUAUUUAGUUGCUGUUGGGAUAGCAUGGCAAGUUAGGGACUUCCUUCUAAACGAGGAUACCAGAAAAGCCUUGCUAAGACCUCAAACGUUAGAGAUGUUAUUUUUAUCCCUCAAGAUAAUCUCCGAGGUAACAAUUGUUCAUUGUGGGGAGUAUGAUUACAUGGACAUUUCCCCCAUUUUGGCAUAUAUGGCUAUUGCUCUGCAAAUGACCGUUGAUAUUGUUAGCACAACUAGUAUUCAGAAUAAUGAUAGGAAAAAACGUAAGACUGAGGCUUCUACAUCACUCUCAGAGUCUGUCUUGGAGCAGACGAUAGAGCAUGUGCUCGACUGUUUAGAAAAACUAUUUGUAGCAGAUGACUCCACAAAAAAUGACAAAGUUGAUUCAGAUCUUCAGUCUGCCAACAGGACAAAUAGAAUUGCCACACAAAGUGAUUCUGCGCACAACAAACCUCGGCAAGUAUUAUGUAAGGUGAAGAUGCUUACUGCUGUUCUCAAGUUCAUGGCUGACACAUUCGCAAUGGAUUUUGCUCCCCACAACCAUGAAUUAUUCUUAAAUUACACAUCAAAAUGUGUGCAGCACAUUAUGUCUUCGUUGGACAGGCUACAUCAUAAACAGAUACGGUUUAACGAAGAUGAUAUGAAAAGCGUAUUCUUUUGUCUGAAAAGCUCUUUCACCUAUGCAACAAAAGUACUAAAUAUGACACUCACAGAUUCCAGUGGAUUAUCCACAAAUUCACCAACAGCUUUUGCCCUUGCAAAUGACCUGCUUGAUUUAGUCGUUUUGAUUGAAUCAUACUUGGGCUCUGGAUAUGCCUCGCGUCUUGUUGCAGCAGCAAACCCUUGGCUCCCCGAUUUGGUUCUGGCAUUAGCAUCUAUAAGUGUUCAGAAACAUGGUGUGGGUGGCAGGAAACAUUCAACUGCAUCUGACCAAAUGAAGCUUCGUAUUCCAAAAUGGAUCUUGAUUGUAGCCAAGACUGAGCUGUCAUCUGUAAAGGACGCUGCAGAAGAUAAAUUCUCUGCCUUUGAUAGGCUUGUGUCCAUGCUGGUUGUGUUAUUGAAAAAGAAUUCCGAUGUAAUGGAUGCAGUUGGGGUUAUUUUCUUGGAUUCUUCACUUGUUGGGCUGGAAAGAAAAGACAUUGGACUAGCAUUAGGACUAUUGCACUUUGUACGUUUCAAGUUGUUCGAACAUGACGACAGGGAUUGGGGUGACAUGAUGCUGUCUUCUCUGCAGGGAAUCUAUCCUAAGAUAGAGAGGGAAAUUGCAGAAGAGAAUCAUGAAGAGGAACUGGAUAAAUUAACCUUUGCAAAAGAUUUGAUUGAACCUCUUUGGAUGCAUCAUUUAUAUGAAACUGGAAAGGUAUCCAUGACAGAUGAAUAG